CCUUUUAUGUGAUCCUGCCCUUUGAUCUGCAUAAAAAAGAAGAACUUUUUUUUUUUUUAAAAAGUAUAAAAAUCUAAAAAAUAAAUAGGUUUUCCUGCACCUUUCGUGCUACUUGGGCACCUUCUCGGGUUUAGGUUUGGGUUUUAUUGACCCAGGUUGCUAUGGUUACGGAAGUGGUUCGGCACAACUGAUAAGUCUGUAGAAACAUGGCUGUGCAGAGCUGGAGUGGAACCUUACAAUCGUCGAGGAAAACAGCUUUGUUACAAGACGGAAAGAGGAAGAUUCACUACCUGUUUAUAGAUGGACAAGAAAUGGUAGAGGAGUAUGAUUUGGAAACAGAUGAGCUCAUUGUUCGAAAGUGGCGUCAGAAAAGCAAAAUUGGAGGGCAGGGUGAAUGGCAGGUCGAGGUCGGGGAACAACUCGCAAGCCCUGUCCCAUCUUUGGACUCCAGCAUGAUCAAAGAGAACUGCUCCAAUCCUGUGUUCACGCGGAAAGACACAAAGAGCAGCUUCCAGUGGAGAAUCCGCAACCUUCCCUACCCCAAAGACGUCUUUGUUGUUUCUGCAGAGCCAUCUGAAAGAUGCAUCAUCAUUAAAACCACAAACAAAAAGUAUUAUAAGAAGUUCAGCAUUCCUGAUCUCGAGCGCAGCCAGCUGCCGUACGACGGCUCUGCCCUCGGCUUCACUCACGCCAACAACACUCUGAUUGUCAGUUACAAGAAACCCAAAGAGAUCUUAACUCUUGAGCAGGAGCUACUGAAGGAGCUGAAGAAACUGAAGGCAACCGGAGAAGGGGACGUGGACUGCAAAACCCAGUGAAAUGUGACUGUGGGAGUGAGAGAAAACGUCUGCGUUGCAUUUAAAUCAGAACCUCGCGGCCGAGGCUGGGCAAUAAUUCAACAACUGUGCAUGUCGCGAUGAAAGGUUCUUCAGUGUCCGUGUAACAAAGGCUCAGUAUAUAUUGACAUCAUGUUAGCGCGCUGUGCAGACACACUUUCGGACGUAAAACGUCGUCGAUGUGAAUGUUUUUGCCUCAGAUUUUCGAACACAUUACCGUUUAACACGUCUAUUAUGAAGUUCUCAAUGGACACGGCUUCUUCUACGGCAUAUUUAUCACACAGCUUCAUUUUCCAUUCAUUUUUUCAGUGCUUUGUCCAUUGCUUUUCCCAGUUUUUUGUUGUUCGCUUUGAAAUUUGUCCUAUAAAUAGUAAAAUAAUAUGUUACAAAUGUU